AUGCAUGCCCAGUUGGAGGAGAUGAGAAGAGUUCAACUAAAAUACCAGAAUGCACCAGACGUUUUGGCUGGCAAGAACCUCGUGCCGCUCCCAUAUGCACUUUCAGAUCCCGGGCUCGACGCCCAAUCAGACGCGGCAUUCACCGAUACGACGAGCGAUCUCUCCGGUUUUGCGCUGUCCGGAUCAACCUCAACCUUACAGCAGGCAAACAUGAGCUUCUCUGCAAUGACUGCCGUCGCUCAGAGUGCAACGGACCCCCUGACAGACGAGAUACAGGGGAACCUCGAUAUCCAGUACUACGGCCCACUUGGGUUUGGGCAGAAAACACAACAGCUCUCAGUGACCAUGGAUACGGGCUCUGCGGACCUCUGGGUCCCUGUGAACUGCAACGAUUCCACGAACCCGCAAUACAAACCUGCUACAAGUUCGACAUACAAGAAUACCGGGAAUCCGUUCCAAGUGAAUUACGGCAUGGGCCAUGUGCAAGGCACUCUUGCAUACGAUACGAUCACUGUAGGUGGUUUGAAGGUCAACAAGCAAUAUUUCGGUGCUGUCACUCAGGUGUCGAGUGACUUCAACGACGACCCGAUCUCCGGCCUUCUCGGGCUCGGUUUCAGCUCCAUUGCGAUGUCAGGGAAGCCAACGUUCUUCGAGAACAUGAUCAUACAGAAAAAAGUUUGCGCACCAUUCUUCUCUGUACAUUUGACGAGAGGCAAGGCGAGCGGGUCGAAGAUAACCUUCGGUGAUUACGACAUAUCCAAGGCGGUGGGACCUUUGACUUGGGUCCCAAUUAUUUCCAAGACGUACUGGACAGUGCAUUUCGACGGAGCUCUUGUUGAUGGGAACUACGUAUCCGGUGACCUCGAUGCGGCGAUUGACACAGGCACUACCUUGAUAUACGUCCCGCAGGCGUUUGCAUCCUCGAUCUACGCCAAUCCGGGGCUGGCCCCUGCAGUGAACUAUGGCUCCAGUUUCUUCUCGUUUCCAUGCGACUCCAACCCCACGGUUUCAUUCUCGCUUGGCGGGCACGACUUCGGACUCAGUAUGCAGGACUUUAAUCUCGGACGAGAUGCGGACGGGUCUGGAAACUGCAUCGGUGGGAUCGUCGGCCUGGGCGAUAAAUUCAUAGAAAACUUUGCCAUCAUCGGGGAUGAGUUUUUGAAAUCAUGGUACUCGGUGUAUGACUACUCGCACGGGGCGCGGGUGGGUUUCGCGCCGAGCAUUAAUAAUGCGCAGUAG